UGGGCUUUUAAAAAAACAGUCAGAAGCUUCGAUGUUGGAUGCCGUGCUAUGACAACGUCACUGCUCCUCCGUCCUCGCUGGGUCGACCCGUCGGUGAUGUUCCUCUACGACAGCAGCGAUGAAGUGAGCAAGAACAUGGAGGGUUUCGCUGGUGGCAACUUCGCCGCGAGCCAGUGCCGGAAUCUGAUGGCGCACACCGCCUCUCUGGCGUCCGGCUACUCGUCGAGCGACGUGCCCCCCUCCGGUGUGAACGAGCCCGUGAAGCAGUGCAGCCCCUGCUCUGCAGCGCAGAACCCGACGGGCGCCUCGCUGCCCUACAGCUACUUCGGCUACCCGUGCAGGAUGUCUCACCACAGCAGCAUGAAGGGAGCGCAGCCCCCCAGCGCGUAUGGAGACAAAUACAUGGACACGGCCACCUCUGGUGACGAGUUCUCCUCCCGGCCGAAGGAGUUUGCCUUUUAUUCAACGUACCCAUCUGGCCCCUACCAGCCUGUCCCGAGUUACCUGGACGUGCCCGUGGUGCCAACAAUCAGCGCGCCGUCAGAAGCCAGGCACGAGUCGCUGCUGCCCAUGGAGAGCUACCAACCGUGGACUCUGGCCCCCAACGGCUGGAACAGCCAGGUCUACUGCGCCAAGGAGCAGCCUCAGCUGGGACACAUGUGGAAGUCGUCCAUACCAGAUGCAGUUUCUCACGCUGGAGGAGACUCCGGCUCGUUCCGACGCGGCAGGAAGAAGCGCGUGCCAUACACCAAGGUGCAACUGAAGGAGCUCGAGCGCGAGUACGCCGCCAAUAAAUUUAUCACGAAGGACAAACGGAGGAGGAUAUCAGCUCAGACCAACCUGUCCGAGAGGCAGGUCACCAUAUGGUUUCAGAACAGACGCGUAAAGGAGAAGAAAGUUGUCAACAAAUUAAAAACCAUCAGCUAG